AUGAGCACGUUGGCUGGACCCGUCCCAAGAAUGAUGCGGCCAGCCCCGGGACAGAAUUACUCUCGCAGCAGCGGUUUCCCACUGGAAGUGUCAACGCCUUUAGGUCAAGGAAGAGUGAACCAGCUCGGAGGAGUUUUUAUAAACGGUCGGCCUCUGCCAAAUCAUAUCAGGCACAAGAUAGUGGAAAUGGCCCAUCACGGCAUUAGACCAUGUGUCAUUUCCCGGCAGCUGAGGGUCUCCCACGGGUGUGUCUCUAAAAUUCUCUGCAGAUACCAAGAGACGGGGUCCAUCAGACCAGGGGCGACUGGGAGCAAACCGAGGCAAAUGGCAAUACCAGAUGUAGAAAAAAAGAUCGAAGAAUACAAGAAGGAGAAUCCUGGAAUGUUUAGCUGGGAAAUCCGGGAUAAGCUAUUGAAAGACGGCAUGUGUGAUCGGAAUACCAUUCCCUCAGUGAGUUCCAUAAGCCGUAUCCUGAGGAGUAAAUUCGGGAAAAAAGAAGACGAAGAGGAAGAUUGCGGAAGAAAAGACUAUGAAGAUGGCGAUAAAAAAACCAAGCACAGUAUUGACGGCAUCCUGGCUGAUAAGGCAAAUAAUUCAGACGAAGCGUCGGAUAUUGACUCGGAACCAGACCUGCCUCUAAAAAGGAAACAGCGGCGUAGCCGUACAACAUUUACAGCAGAACAGCUGGAGGAAUUGGAGAGAGCAUUUGAGAGAACUCACUAUCCAGACAUCUACACUCGCGAGGAACUUGCACAGAGAGCAAAGCUUACAGAGGCACGAGUACAGGUUUGGUUCAGCAAUCGCCGAGCUCGUUGGAGGAAACAAGCAGGAGCCAAUCAACUACUGGCAUUUAAUCACUUGAUUCCAGGUGGAUUCCCGCCCACAGCAAUGCCAGCACUGUCGCCAUACCAACUAUCUGAUGCCAGUUAUCCACCUACAUCAAUACCACAGGCAAUCUCCGAUCCAAGCAACACAGUUCACAGGCCACAGCCUCUGCCUCCGACAUCAGUUCACCAGAGCAGCCUCCCUUCUACUCCAGACAGCAGUUCAGCUUACUGCUUAUCCACCAGCAGGCAUGGAUUUUCAGGGUACACAGACAGCUUUGUGUCUCCAGCAGGGUCUACCAAUCCUAUGAACCCAACGGUUAGCAACGGCCUCUCACCUCAGGUCAUGGGACUUUUGGCAAAUCCCGGUGGCGUUCCACAUCAGCCACAAACUGACUACGCCCUAUCACCACUAACUGGAGGUCUGGAACCAUCUACUUCUGUUUCUGCCAGCUGUAGUCAGCGGCUAGACCCAAUGAAACCUCUUGACACCUUGCCCACCUCCCAGUCAUACUGUCCAUCAACUUACAGUUCCUCAGGUUACAGCAUGGAUCCAGUGGCAGGAUACCAGUAUGGACAAUAUGGGCAAAGUGCCUUUCAUUAUCUGAAGCCAGAUAUAGCAUGA